ACAGGUUUGCGAUCUGAUUCUGAUUAUAUUCCACAUCGUGUGAUCAGUCGAUUCAAUUAUUAAAUUGCUGCCCCGCAUCCAACAACGUGAUGUCCGCCAAUCUGUUGCAGGCCACGCGCAGCCUCUGCGUCCAGACGCGUCGCGCGUACAGCUCCAAGCUCCAAGAUGUGCUGGUUGUGGCCGCCGCCCGCACACCGAUCGGCAGCUUCCAGAGCCAACUGGCGCCACUCAGCGCCACCCAACUGGGUGCCACCGCCAUCGAGGCGGCCAUUGAGCGGGCCGGGAUCGCAAAGACCGACGUCAACGAAGUGAUAAUGGGAAAUGUGGUGUCCGCAGGACUGGGACAGGCUCCCGCCCGCCAGGCUGCAAUUUUCGCCGGCCUGCCGACCAACGUGUGUUGCACCACCGUGAAUAAAGUGUGCUCCUCGGGCAUGAAGUCGGUCAUGCUGGGCGCCCAGUCGUUGAUGCUCGGUUACGCCGAUGUGGUCAUCGCCGGCGGCAUGGAGUCCAUGUCCAAUGUCCCCUUCUAUUUGAAGCGCGGCGCCACACCCUACGGCGGCGUCAACCUCAUCGACGGCAUUGUGUUCGACGGCCUCUGGGAUGUGUACAACAAGUUCCACAUGGGCAACUGUGCGGAGAACACGGCCAAGAAGAUGACCAUCUCCCGCGCGGACCAGGAUGCUUACGCCAUUCAGUCGUACAAGCGUUCGGCCCUUGCCUGGCAGGCCAAUGCCUUUGCCGACGAGAUCGCCCCUGUCAAGAUCCAGCAGAAGCGCAAGCCCGAGGUGAUCAUCUCCGAGGACGAGGAGUUUAAGCGGAUCAAUUUCGACAAGUUCGGGCAGCUGGCGACGGUCUUCCAACGCGAAAACGGCACUGUGACCGCCGGCAACGCCUCCACCUUGAACGAUGGUGGUGCCGCUGUCGUUCUGAUGUCCGCCGAUGCCGUGCAGCGUGCCGGCCUCAAGCCUCUGGCCCGGAUUGUAGCCUUCCAGGAUGCGGAGACCGAUCCCAUUGACUUCCCCAUCGCCCCGGCCUUUGCAGUGCCCAAGCUGCUGGAGCGCGCUGGCGUGCGCAAGGAGGACGUGGCAAUGUGGGAGAUUAAUGAGGCCUUCUCCCUGGUCGCGCUUGCCAAUAUAAAGAAAAUGGAUUUGGAUCCCAGCAAGGUGAAUGUGCACGGCGGUGCCGUCUCCCUUGGCCAUCCCAUAGGCAUGUCUGGAGCCCGUCUGGUCACCCAUCUCGCGCACAGCCUUAAACCCGGACAGCUGGGAUGUGCGUCCAUCUGCAAUGGCGGUGGUGGUGCCUCCUCCAUUCUGCUGGAGAAGCUCUAAGCAGGAGCUCACUUUUGCUGCAUCCUGUGACCCCAGCAACCAGAAAUGCAUUUAUUUUUUAACCAAUUGAAAUUUAUCUGUUAAAUGUUAUUAUACAAUAUGCUUUCCCUCUCCCUCUCUA